AUGGGUCCCGGCAUGCGCCUUCGGUCCGUAUCUUCAGGCAGCAUUUUGAUACAUAUCUAUCUUUUCUUUCUUUCUUUCUUUCUAAUCUAUCUAUCUAUCUCAUUUUGUUCCUAUCUAUCUCAGUAUGUUUGUAUCCAUCUAUCUAUUUUCACUUCAAUAUCUAUCUAUCUAUCUCAGUAUGUUCCUAUCUAUCUAUCUGAUUCAGUAUCUAUCUCAUUCUGUUCCUACCUAACUAUCUAUCUACCUAUCUCAUAUGUAUCUAUUCAUCAUGUAUCUAUCUAUAUCUAUCUAUCUAUCUAUCUAUCUAUCUAUCUAUCUAUUUAUCUAUCUCAUUUUGUUCCUAUCUAUCUCAGUAUGUUUGUAUCCAUCUAUCUAUUUUCAAUUCAAUAUCUAUCUAUCUAUCUAAUAUGUUCAUAUCUAUCUAUCUAUCUAUCUAUCUAUCUAUCUAUCUAUUCUCAAUUCAAUAUAUAUCUAUCUCAGUAUGUUCCUCUCUAUCUAUGCCAGUCUAAUCAUCUAUCUAUCUAUCUAUCUAUAUCUAUCUAUCUAUCUAUCUAUCUAUCUAUCUAUGUCUUUACCCACUUCGUUCAUCAUUGUUCUUACUUUCUAUCUUUCAUUCUCAUUUAUUCGUUUUCCCUUUUCUCUCUUUUUCUUUUUAUAUUGUUUCCUCUCUCUUUUCCCAAUUACUUUUGUUUUUUUUCUUUCCUUCUCUCGUUUCCUCGGCUUUCUUUACGUUUCCUUCUUUCUUUCUUUCUUUCUUUCUUUCUUUCUUUCUUUCUUUCUUUCUUUCUUUCUUUCUGUCUUUGUAUUAAUUUUCUCUUUUUUUUCUCGCCAUUCUUCUCUUACUUUCAUUCUUGUCUUUCGUUUUUUCUUUCCGUCUUUCUUUCUUUGUUUUCUCUUUCUUUUUUCCUCUUUUUCUUUCUUUCAUUGUUCUCUUUGUCUUUCUUUCUUUUUUCUCUUUCUUUCUUUCUUUCGUUCUUUCUUCGCUUUUCUAUUACUUUCAUUCUUCUCUUUGUCUUUCUUUCUUUCUUUUUCUCUUUCUUUCUUUUACUCUUUGUUUUCUUUUCUCUUUCUUACUUCCUUUCUUUUUCAUUCUUUCCUUUUCCCAUUCUUUCGUUCUUUCAAUCGUUUUCUAUUUCUUUCUUUUUCUUUCCUUUUCUUACUUCGUUUCCCUUUCUUUCUUUCUUUCCUGUUCUCUUUCUUUCUGUUUUUCUUUUCCCUUACUUUCUUUUUCUUACUACGCCUAUACACACGUAA